CAUACUUCAUGCCAUGGCUACCGUUUCUGAACUAAUCAAAGGUUUGUGGAAGCCCCCUCGUUCCCCUGGCAUCUAAUAUCAAAAAGAUCAAUUAAAUCAGACAGUUUCCGAAAACUUCGCUUAUUAUAAGUCCUAGGGAUUCAACAUAUACCGCAACUACUAUAGUAAAGGGUCCAAUAAGCAUUAGGCCAUACUACUAGAUUCAUUAAAACGAUAGACCUACCUUGCCCUCCGCUACCUCGAACAGGAUAGCGAGUACGAGAUUGAUAUUAGGAGGUGUAUCCGUAAGUUUGGGAUCUAUUAUCACCUGAACAAAGAAGACUAUAUGGAAGACAUGGAAAGAUUAAGGAAGCUGUUCCAUCUUGAGGUAUGCGAAGAUCCAGAACUUAAAGCGACGUUCUUACGUGACGUGGGGUGUAAAGAAUACCCUAAAGCAGAGAAGAGGAUGGCAGGGGCGUUAUUCUGCUUUAUACUGGUCGCUGAUAAGGCAGUGCUUGCAGGCAUUGCAUGAAAUGAAUUUGUAGUAAAGGCACUUGGCUAUGACUGGGAAGGUCGUCUCGAACACGGUGGCUGGGGUUGGGUCUGGCUGCAAACAGGCCGCUUGCUUGAGCUA